AAAGGGGUCCCAGAUUGGCUUCUCCUUCACUGGGCGUAUCUUUGUCCCAUCAUGGGGAACGCCGACAACAACGAGGACAACAGCCAGCCGGACAGUCCAGGUGGAAGUGGUGGCAGUCGACUUCCCCUGCAGCUGGGACGUUUGCCCUCAGAUCGAUUGGAACGGGUGCACCAGGCCAUGGAGGAACUUAAGGAGGCGGGGUUGACAGACAUCAAAGACUUGGCGAUCUUGGCUCAGAGCGUGAAGAAGGGCCAAGCGGCUGGGAACGCCAAGGAUCCCACGGAGCAACACACCUCGGAGUACAUGGGUAUGACACAAUGGGCCUGGACUCCAAAGAGGUGGUUCCAGAGUAUCGAGGCGACCGGGGAGCCGAAAGGCACCAAGAGCGAAGACCUGCCAAGAGAGGUCGAAGGAGACCAGCUUCCAGCUGUUCCUGACAGCGUGGUCGCCCUCUGCAACAAACGUUCCGCGAGUAGCCAGUUCUUCAAGGAUUGGUACCAGCUGAUGCAGGUGGCAGAGGCAGAGAUCCGCUCCAUGGCCAACAUGGAGAAGGAGGUAAAGACUCGAGGUGAUGGCCCCGGCGUCUGGUUUGAACCAACCCCUUCGGUCAAAGGAUCGGGAGUGCUUGCACGGUACCAGACACCCCUCACAUACAUUGGUGGCUCCGCUCCCGCCUUCGCCGGGAGGAGAGGUCCGUCAGCAGCGGGGCACUCUGGGCGGGUGCGUCCCAAUGAUGCCGCCACCUUGCUGUCCAUCCACCUGGACGAGGGUUUAGGAAUCGACUGCUGGCAGCAUGUGAUGAAAGAGCACGGGGUAGACACCACAGGACGAGCACAGGACUUCUACGGCUGUAGCCAGGUGCUCUUCUCCCAAAGCCGAACGGGUCGCUAUGUGCCACGAAGUAUCUUUGCAGGUUCGCAGAAGUCUAUGGAUACCGUGAGCCAAGCUGGAAUGUUUGAUCCCCUGUCCAUCGUCGUGGCACCUGAAGGGUGCAGUCUGGAGACCGCCUGCGAUGAGGGGCUGAAGAUUCCAGAGCUUUUGGAGGCCGUGCGCUUGCAGCUGGAGCGCAGCGAUUACGUGGAGGGGGUCUUGGUCUCCUCGACCAUCGGCCAGGACUUUGGCACCAGUGCCCUGCAGAAGGCGAUCUUGAAUCAUGUGACGAUGGAGAUGCCGAAGCUCAUCAAGGUUUGCUGCUCCUGCAUUCCAGAUUGCCAGGUCUACCUCGACAACUUUGCGAGCGGGCUGGUCACCAAUGCCUAUGCGGAGGCUGCUGAUUCGCCGGAGCAGCCACACCGCUGGCACGAGGCGGAGCUACGGCCAUCGCCGAGACUCUCUCGGCGGAGGGACUACAGUUCGCAUGGACAUCUUUUCCUCGCGCCCUACUCCCAGGAACCAGCUGGCAUGAUCGAGAAGGAUACUACGACCUGCAGCUCAGAGGCGGAUCCCUCCAGGGCUGCGGCCAAUGCGGCGAUCUCCACACGAGAUCAGCAGGACUUGGCGGAUUUGGUCGUCUUGUACGACAGGACCGCGGUGCAGAAGAGGGCCAAAGCCCAGGAGAACGGCUUGGGCUUGUCUUCACCGAGCGAUGCAGACUGCAGAGGUGUCGUCGCACGGCUCUUCAGUGGCUUAACAGGGCCCAUGCGCUUCGCGCGGCUGAAUGAUGACGCCACGCCCUGCUCGUUGUGGACCUAUGCACAGAGCUUGGUUCCUUAUCCCAUGAUCAAGUACACCAUGGCUUCGCUCGGUGGAUUAGGCUCACCUCCCUCAGGUGUGGAUCCGGGCUUGGCCGCCGCCCGCGCGGCCUUGUUGAACGGUUCUCUUUGCACGGCCAACUUCGAUCGAUCCAUUGGCAAGACCAUCUCCUCCACGAUGAUUUGCCGUGGCGUUCAACAGUGCAUGGCUUUGUCGCCGGUGAUCACCAAACGCAUGGACCAUGCGGAUGAGUGGGUGGACUAUUGCCCCGGCAGCGUGACGAUCACCAGCUUCCAGGAUCCCAAGUGCACAUCUCCCACAGUGACGAUGUUGGAGAAUACAUCGAGAGUCCAGUUGCUGGUGGAUCAUCAAGUCAAAGGCUUGGAUUUGGAGAGCCAGCAGUGUCAAGCCUCUGCAGAGAUCGUGGAGAGCCUCCAAAGCUUCUCCAAGGACUUGGAGGAGAUUGCGGCUCCAACGUGCAACGAGGAAGGUGAUGAGGAUGAGUAUGAGGAGGAGUAGGCUUCUGGUAGGGUGAGGUAGGCAGCUAGGCUGUGGAAGUUCGCGUGCUUUGAUGCUGAUUUGAUCCGUCAGAGGGUGCGAAAGAUAAGAGUUCAUGCCUGCCAAACAGAUGCCUUUAGAAAGCUACGUGCUUUUGCUAGAGCAUGAGAGGAAAGGCCAUUGACGUAACACUUGUAGAAGUGAGGUUGCAAAGACAAGAGGUCAACCAAUG